AUGUAGUCUGUGUGUGUGUGUGUGUGUGUGUUUGAAUGUUGUCGUUAUGAUCGGCAGUCUUUUCGUUUCUCAACAUGCCUGCAGUGAUGCACCUCACUGUACUGGUGUCCCUGUUUGCAGCGACAGUCUGUACACGAACAAUCGGUACUUCCUCAGCAGCUCAACGGGCAACAGAGUUAACCACGAGUGCUGCAAACCUCACUGGUUCGACUGUGAAAAAGACACCUGAUGUCAGCUCAUCCACUGUGAAAACCACCAACAACACAUCACAGCCUCAAACUACAAAACACCAGAUAACUUCAGAAAAAAUGUCGUCGUCACCACCGCCCUCGACUUCCCCAGAAACAGCCAACAGGACAGAGGAAGCCCAUCCCAGCCAUCCUCCUCAGACUACGACGACCAACCAGACGUCCAAUGAUACAGUUUCCCAUGAAUUGACACUACCACCAGCAUCAGGAUCACCAAACGCCACUGCAACCACCACCGCAAACAAAACCAGCUCAGAUCUUUCACACAAGUGGGGAAAGAUUGACGUGGCAGCAAACCCCGGUCUCGUGGCCAUCCUCUGCAUCUUCUUUAUCAUCCUUUUCCUCGUGCUGGUGGUUGCCAUUGUGAAGUGUGUCAGAUCACCGAGGUCUAACUUUGAGAGGCUUGAAGAUGUGCCAAUGGGCAAAGUCAACGAGGAGUCUCCGUUCGCCCAGUACUCAAAAUGACAGAGGAGACUUCCUCAGACACCGAAGUCCAGAAUGAGUCUGCUCUGCUGCAGGAGUCUGAUGUUUCAAGGACCGAACACAUGGAAAAAAAUAAAUAAAUAAAUAAAUAAAAAUCACAGAAAUGGCGACUACACCAGCAGUGACUCUAAAUGUAGGCAAACAAGGAAAAGACAGCUUUUAUGGUUUUCUCUCAGGCUCUUAUUUCUUUACAGAGCGCUUUUGUCAGAGAAAGUGAAAUGUUUCUGCCUCAGCUUUGACCUUUGACCUGUUUAUCUGGCUACUUGUAAUUCUGCUGAUUUAGUCUUUGAAGCUUAAUCAACUGUUUCCUACUUAGUUUCUUCAGCCUAAAAGGUACAAAUAUGUAAUGUUUCCCAAAUUGGUGAUAUAUGUGCACCUACAAUUCAUAAUUGCACUCUUACAUGUAACAGGUGAUGUUAUAAGUACAUUUUUCAGGACAUUUUGUCUUUUCAUAAUGAUUUAUGGAUAUGCACACUUGCAGAUUUACAUGCUCAAGGACGAUGGAAGCUGUAUUUCCAGCAUUGAAAACGUAUGAAAAAUCGAUGUUAUCAAAAAACAUAACUGCAAUUGGAAUGUACAAGUGCGUGUAAAAUAUAUUAUUUAUUGCCAUAUAUUAUGUAUAAAUAAUGUCUUCUCCAGCCCGAGACCUCCAGUGUAUAUUGCAGUUUAAGUCCUACAAACUACAAACAGUGUUCAGAGGCAGAAGUAAACUGUUUGCUGGAGUUACAUUUCAGCAUGGACAGCGA